ACACUACAUAGACAGUCGACCAACAGACGCCGGACGCGCGUUACCUUGUCAUACAAGGAAAAUAAUUUAAAAAAACAAACAUUAAAACAAGUUUGUGUCUUCAAAAACCUUGCGGAACGACAUAACAAAGUGUGAAAUGAAAUAGAAUUCGACCAAAGAGAUUAUAUUCGCUUUUUAGUUUUCGAAGCUUCUUAUUUUGAAGAUGUACAAAAUACUCCCACUCCUUGCGCUGCUGGCGGCGUGUCUGGCUCAGCAGCAGAAUAACGGCGACCUGGAGUCCGUCAUCAACCAGAUCUUCGGCCCCCCACCCAGCGGCGGAGGGCAAACUCCCCCCAACACCAACACCAACCAGAAUACUGGGGGUGUUACUAAUAACAACUCUGGGGGGAAAGGACCGUCUACUAUUGUUCCACCUGGGAUCAAUGAUGUAACAAACGACACGUCUUGCACGACGGAGAACAACGAGGCGGGCGAGUGCGUCAAGUACUACCUGUGCAGCGCCAACAACAACACCGUCAUCACCGACGGAGUCGGGCUCAUUGACAUACGUGUCCGCGACGGCCCCUGCCCUUCUUACCUGGACACCUGCUGCCUGACCCCCGACCGCCUCCCGGACAACGGAGGGAUCACCCCCAGACCACCCACACCUGACAACAAUAAUAACAAUAACCAGCAACGCCAAGGCUGCGGCUGGCGCAACCCUGAGGGGGCAGGCCUGAAGACGACUGGAGACGUCAAUGGAGAGGCCAAAUUCGGAGAGUUCCCCUGGACGGUCGCUAUACUCAAUUCGGAGUUGGACCAGGAUUUCGUCAGGAUCGAGCCGGUAAACGAGAACGACCCUGACGGCCAGAAGCUGAACGUCUACGUCGGCGGAGGAUCCUUGAUACAUCCUCAAGUAGUCCUCACGGCGGCACACUAUGUGGCAGCCGCCAGGGAACUGAGGGUCCGUGCUGGGGAGUGGGACACUCAGACCACCAAGGAGAUAUACCCUUACCAGGACAGGGACGUGGCCAAGAUUGAGGUCCAUAAAGACUUUAAUAAGGGCAACCUGUUCUACGACAUCGCGCUAUUGUUCCUGUCGGCACCUAUGGACCUGGCCCCUAAUGUGGGAGUGGUCUGCCUGCCUCCUCCCCGGGAGAGAGUGCCUGGAGGCACUCGCUGCUUCGCGUCAGGCUGGGGCAAGGACAAGUUUGGCAAGGAGGGCCGCUACCAAGUCAUUUUGAAGAAGGUGGAGAUCCCAGUUGUGGAGCGUCGCGCGUGCCAGGAGUCGCUGCGCAAGACCAGGCUGGGUCGCUUCUUCGAGCUGCACUCAUCGUUCAUGUGCGCAGGCGGCGAGCCUGGCAAGGACACUUGCAAGGGCGACGGCGGCUCGCCACUUGUGUGUCCUAUCGAGUUCGAAAAGGACCGUUACAUGCAAAGUGGAAUCGUCGCUUGGGGCAUCGGAUGCGGCGAAGACGGCACCCCAGGCGUUUACGUCGACGUAUCCAACCUCCGCAACUGGAUCGACGAUAAAGUGAAAGGACAAGGAUACCCCAUCAAUGGUUACGUAAACUAAUAAAACCUUAACACGUUUGACAGGUCGUCUGUAAGAUAUCCAUUGCCAUUUUUCGUCCAAUUUAAAAAGUAAAAACCGCAUGACAUUAUUAAGCUGCAAAGCUAUUCUAUUGAGGAUUUAAAUAAACUUUUUUACUGUGUUUUUCA